AUGAUCUCGGUUGAAGACACUACGCAAGUGGGCGCCAACGAUGUGAACCCACUAAUUGGAUUCCUCACCCAGAUUGAUCUCGCCAGAGAGAUCAUCAAUCUCUUGCAUCCGAGUGUGCGCGAUAUCACGGCAUUGGCCUUCACAUGCAAACAGGCCGGCCAAUAUGUCGACCGAAUCAUGGUUAGUGCCUCACCUCUAAUAUCUUCAACCUAUAUUCAAAUUUCGCUGAUGUUUAUCUCCCCAAAUUCGGCAACGAUGGAGGAGAAAUCAAGAGAGCUGGUGUACGGAGCGACAUUCUGGUCAUCACACCAACCUCCCCCAAGCCCCCGAGUCGCACGCCAUAUCUCGAUGAUUUCGGGAGGACUCUUCAUAUUAGUCAUGGUUAGCAUUCCGCAGAGUUUCCGACACGUCGUCCUUGACCGGCUACCCUUUUUGGACGUCAACAUGGUGGGUCUGGUUAUCAGUUCCAUGCCCAACCUUGAGAGCUUGGCCAUCUCGCGUUGCGACCUCCUCGACGUCGCCAAACUCCCUGCAUUGAUCAAGAUCAUCAAGGAGCAUCCGAGAACGCCCCACAACAAAGGCAAGGCCAAAGCCUUACGCACCAGUAACGCUGUAGAGGGCGAGAAUGUUGGAGAGAACGGCGGCCAGAAUAGUAACGGUAACAGCAGUGCGGAUGACAGCAGCUCUACGGAGGACGAAGACCAGACGAGCAGCAAGGACACAUCCCUGUUGACUGAGCCCGACACCAGCUUGAUCUCUACGGAUACAGCAGCAACCUCGGUGGGUGAUGAAGACCAGACGGGCAUCGACGUCACAGCAGCGACCACGGAUGCUGAGGGUAACGCUCCAAUCCACUAUAUACGAUUGGAUUUCAGCCCUUUCUUCUUCCGCGGCCCCAACACUUGCAAACGACUUGGAUCUUUUGGUGUUACGUACAACGAGCCCACGUUCCACUCCCCAAAGGCCGUGGUAGCUCUUAUGAUGCAGUGUUGGGACGACGCGGAUACUAUCGGGAUGGACUUGAUGAGCGAUAGCUCUUCUUUCUUCAGCUUCGUCCGUCGUCUUCCCGGCCGGAACUGCUUAUGGUCCUUGAAAGCGCGGGAUGCUAUGCUGUCGUUUAAGCGGGAGACCAGCGGUAUCGUGCUCUCAGCAGACUUCCAGCGCACAGUCGAGCGCACAGCUCGCUCCGAGAUUAUCGCAGAGAAUCACGGCAGUUCUAGGGUUGCCCAGCCAGCCUUCCUUGAUCAAGUCACAGCCCGUGUCGUAAAGCUCCGAAAGGAGAAGCACGACGAAAUCAAGAAGGAAGCCCAGAACCGCUUUUGCGAUGAUCUGAUGGCAGCUACCAGCGGCGACGACUUCAGGCCGUCGGAUUACCCUCUCCCGAACAGUAUAGCGUUCUAUCUCGGUAACGCUGAAAACCACAACGCCUUCGGGUACUGGCGUCGGCAGUAUUUAUGUCAAGGCUGCAAAAAACUCCUGCCCCGCGUCCUGUUUGCAAUCGAACUCGAUGAUUGUUGGGGCUGCAAGAUGGUCGCCUUCGUCAGGGACAUGGAGAGCAGCGACCUUCGCCGCUGGAAGCAAAGCGCUAUUGGGUAUUACCUCAAGGGUCUGGACAUAAAGAAGGGGUCACUGACUGAUGUCAUUGACCCGGCCCGAGGUCGACACUUGACGGCAGCUCUCGGGGCGGCCAAGAUAGCCGAUUCUAUCUGGCUGAAGUUUAUGAACUUCUCCCCGACCGAUCCGGUGGUGUACCCCCCCGAGCCACCCAACCUACACAGGAACACCGCCGCUUACUCACGUUAUCGGUGGAAACAUAAUUGGCCAGAGCAGGCGUUUGAUUACCGGGAGGGUGGUCCUCAACAUGAGGAUCCCUUCAAGCACCCAAUCUCCGACUGGGAAGACACCGAGAUCUGCGGCGGUGAGCCUCCCGAAAGCUUUAACGCCAAUUUCCAGUGGUCAGAGGAAGCCAGUACGACUCUCUUUGAGGAGUAUAUCCGUCGAAACGGACUCGCGAAGCAGAUCACCGAUCCCGAGGCCCAGAAGAGGAUCGCCGCUGCAAAGGAGUGGGAGAAGAUUCGGCGUCUCCCCGGGCCAAAGGAUUAUUCAAAGAACGGAAUGUGGCACCUUGGACGGGACCUCAGGCGCUACUACCAGAACCAGGGUGACAAGUCGAUUCAUGCCUUGAUUCACGGAAGGGUCGAGAAGUGCAUUUGGUCCUUCAACACGCCUAUGCUGCGUCCCUUUGACCUGGACCACCCGAUUCCAGACAAGCGGGUCGACUACGAAGCCUGGGAGGAGCUCAAGGAGCGUGAGAUUUGGGAGUUGGUUCCUGCUGGCCACUCUAGGCGGUGGUUGUGA